AUGGCAGUAUCACCCCUAGAUGGGCUUCUAGCGACAUUCGAUCGUCACAUCGACUCGCGCUCGUCCGCCGCUUCCUUGGCUGUUGCCGGUCCAUCCUCACGUAAUCUUAGACGCAAUGAUCUCCGCAACCUGAUCAAUGGCUCCUCCGCCAUUCCCAGUACUUCUUCCGUACAACCUCAGCUGUCACCUCUUGAGCGAGCGAUACACUACCAAGUCGAAAAUCGCCGACAUGCCCUUGACCGCAAGCAAAAGGAGCUCGACUUCUGGGAAACGUACGAGAAUGAGCUUGCGGAUACACCAAUGAAGAUGCCUACGAGCAUAGCGGCAUUGGAGCGACAGAUAGCGGACAAGAAACAGAGGCUGAGAGAGCUGCAAGGGCAAAGCAGGUUGAGAGUGGAGACGGCGAGAGCGUUAGAGUCUAGUGCGGUGAUUCAAAAGCUUCUUUCUACCACAUCACCGACAGCAAAAGGGAAGAAAGGGGACAGCGGAGAAGAGGAGACCGAGGAAAGCAAGAGGUAUGCAUCAACAAGAAACUUGUUGGAGGUGAGAGAUGACCAGGCUCUGGAGUUCUUGAAGAUCUUCAAUGAGAUCAGGGAGGUUAAGAAGGAGAGAGUGACGGUGAAGGCACGAAUCAGAGAACAACGACUGGAGACACUGAAGCUCUUGGAAACGAUCAAAGGAAUCAAAGCGGACAUUCGCAAUCGUCAACUGCAUCCUUCGUCAGGUGGAAGGCAGCAGGAUUCGGAUGGAUCACAAGACAUCGCGAUUGUGCAAAAGGUUCAACAGAUGCAAAGGGAGAUCAACGAAGCAAGAUCCAAGAAGGAGCUUGUAAAGGGUAUUCUACGUGGAUUGAUUCUGGAAUCGGGACGGGACUGGACCAAGAGCACAGCGACAAGAGGGUUGAUGCUGUCGCUGGCCGAUGAGGAUGAUGCCUCCGAUGAUGCGUUCGGCGAGGACGAGGAGGAAAGGGAAGAAGGCGAUGACGACGAGGAAGAUGAGGAGAUCGACGAAGAUGACGAAGUUGAACACUUGCAAGACGAAUAG